CUGUACCUGGUAUUGUAGGAGUACAUGGAGCAGGUUAUCCAGAGAGAGAACCUGACAGAGAACAUGCAGCUGAAUGACCCUCGUACUGAGGAGGAGAAGAUCCACACUGCUGACCUGCUCAAACUGGUCCUGUCACUUCCAGAGUCAGAGCACCCCACUAUAGAGAACAGAAUCUGUCCCGUGGAUGCAGCCACCCUGUACAUCCAGGCAGUGAAGACUCCAGCCCUGCAGACUGAGGCCUCGCUCUCAGAGAAACACACAGACAGCUUCAGCAAAGAGGCGAAGGAAACUAUGUGGAAGAGCAGGAUAGAGCAGCACAGACAGGAGCUGGACCAGGAGAAGAUUUACAGAGAGGCUCUAAGGAACAGAAUCAUUCCUCCUUAUUUCCGCUCAGAGAAAGGAGCAGGUUUCGAGUACUCUGAGGUCCCUGAUAUGAGAUCUCUGUCUCAGGACCUUCCUCCAUUCCCCAACACUCCCAACUCCCAGAACUACCUCAGAGAUGCCCCUCAGGAGACAGCAGCCCAGCGACCUUUGAACCCCACGCCCUCUCACGCAGCAGGAAGUGAUGCGCUGCCUAGGAGACCCACCAACCCCACUCCUCAAACUGCAGGGGACAGCUCUCAUGGUGCCUCUACAGUGAAGCAGCAGCAUGGUGGUGGUAUUGGGCCUGGCAGUACCCAGGUGGACGUGGCAGGGAACCCACGCAGACACAGAGUCAAGCUGCCAGCCUCCAUCCUCAGCUCCAAACCCUUCAGCGUGCCCAACCAGCAGUUCCUGUGUGUAGAGGAGCCGGUGAGGAGGAAGGUGAAGACUGUGUCUGUGACAGGGGGGCAGCAACUCGCCGCACGGGGGUUUGAGCUCCUCCCAGCAGAGGUCCAGUUUGGGACCCUAAAGGAGGGCUGCAGCUACAGUGUCCCCGUGCUCAUGAAGAACGUGGGCUUCCACACCUGCAGGUUCAGUGUGAAACAGCCGUCCCUGGUGGCUGCUGGGAUGAAGACUGAGCUUCAGGUGGAGCUGCAUGCCAUGACUACAGGUCUGGAGGAGUCUGCAGAGGGAGAGGUCUACAUCUCACACCACAUCCACAUCAAGACUGAGACUGAGAUCUUCUACCUGCCUCGUCUGUAUGACACCAGGACCAAGGAUCAUACCAACGGGCUCCAGACAGGGGUAUCCAAGGUCCGCCUCAUCUCCUCCACCCCCUCAGUCAGACGUGGAGUGGUCCUCCCUCUCAGACCUCUUCUCUCCACCACCGGUUAG